AUGUCUGCGACAGUAUUAAUAUCGUUUCUGCUAGUAUUUUGUUUUACUUUCACUACAGUUGUGUCGACAAAAAGUAGGGGUAAUCUGGGCUUAAGUCGUGUUCACAAGCGAGAAAGUGACAAAAACAGUCUUAUUCCUUUUGUUGAAACAAAUGUAAAUAAAACCGCACCACCAGGAAAUGGAGAUAGUAACACAACAACUUCAACGCCUACCCUCUCCGGUACUCCUGGGCCAGAAGAUGCAAAAAAUAUGCAUGCCAGUGACAAAUUAAAUUGCUCCUUGGAGGCUAAUACGCAGAAUAAGACAAAUUGCUCCAACCCACAUUCUGUUGGCAAUGAUAGUUACUUGAAAUCGCUGAAAAACCAGAUGAUUGAAAACAAAGAUAUGCUUCUACGAACAUUGUACGUGACUUUAGCAAUCACCGGCAUCAUUGUUCUUUACUUUGUGACCAGAACUGUUUGGUUGCGUAGAAGACGUACAAAGUCAAGAAAGUAUAGAAUUAUUGCACAGAAUGGGGAUCAGAGAGACUUAGAGAUGGAACCACUCGGAGAUGGUAAUGAUGAUGACGAGGAUUACACCGUAUUUGAGUUGAAUGGAAGAAAAAAAUAG